UUCUUCCAAAGCAAAAGAAAUUAGCGUUUCUUUCCCUCCCUCCAUCCCUCGCUCUCCAUAAAUCUCAGCUCUCUACCAAAAGUUUCUAAGGGAGCAAUAUGUUUGUGUAAUUAAGUUAAAGCUUGUAUCUUUGGGGGAUUUGCAAAGGUUAAGUUUAAAGGUGGUGAAAGGUUGUGUUUUGGGGAUUAAUGUGAUUGAAAUUUGUGAUUUUUGUGUGGUUGGUUGAUUGGAAAGUUCUGCUUAAAUGGAGCAAGGUACAGCUUCAAACUCGGCUCGAACAUCUGGGUCUGUUGAUAUGUCUAGGGUCUUGGAUGUAAAGCCUUUAAAAUGUUUAGUUCCUGUAUUUCCAUCUGCGAGUGGGAUGUCGCCAGUUGGUUCUCCACAACCUUCGCCCUUUGUGUGUGUUCCCCCGAGUGGUCCUUUCCCUCCCGGAGUGUCUCCGUUUUACCCGUUUUUGUCUCAUGACUCGGGAGGAAGACCGGCUCAACAAGGGUCUUUUGGUCACCCGAUAUCCCCUGUUCCGUUAAAUUCGUUCAGAACUCCAAUGGCAAAUGGAAGUUCUGUGAAGUCAAAGAGGACCACUAGAAGAGUUGUGGAAGAUGAUGCGUUUAGUGACUCCCAGAACCAGAGUGACUUUGGGAUGCAAGGUAAUGAUGACGAAGACACGAGUACUGGAGGGAGACGGGGUAAAUUGAAAAGGGGGAGGAGAGGGUCUGAGAUGGAUGACUCGUCUAUUGAAGCGUAUUUCGAUCCAAUGCUAAAUAAUCUUCUCGAAUCAUUUAAACUUACUGAUUUGGACAUGUAUAAGAAAGCGGAUGGUGACAAGGAGCUAGUUGGACGGAUAUUGUUGGUUUUCAAUUUGUUACGAAGAAAGAUGACCCAAGUCGAAGAGAAGAAGGAGACGGCUGCAGGAGCUUCUAGGCGCCCGGACUUGAAGACCGGGACUAUGAUGAUGACGAAGGGAAUUCGUACGAAUCAAACAAAGCGGGUUGGAAAUGUACCGGGGGUUGAAGUCGGUGACAUCUUCUUUUUCCGGAUGGAGUUAUGCUUGGUGGGAAUGCAUGCCCCGAGUAUGGCCGGUAUAGAUUACAUGAGUGUCAAGUUAUCCAUGGACGACGAACCUAUUGCUCUCAGCAUUGUCUCUUCCGGAGGGUACGAUGAUGAGGGGGGAGAUGCAGAUGUACUAAUUUACACCGGCCAAGGUGGGGUCCAGAGAAGGGACGGACAAAUGUUCGAUCAGAAGCUUGAAAGGGGAAAUCUUGCUUUGGAAAAAAGCCUCCACCGAGCAAACGAUGUAAGAGUUAUUAGAGGUUUGCGAGAUUAUAUGACCACAGCUGGGAAGAUUUAUGUCUACGAUGGUUUGUACAAAAUACAGGAGUCAUGGGCCGAAAAAAAUAAGUCUGGGUGUAAUGUUUUCAAGUACAAAUUGGUUAGAGUCCCCGGACAGCCCGAGGCAUAUACUUUGUGGAAAUCAAUUCAGCAAUGGAAGGACGGUGUUGCUGUACGGUCUGGGGUCAUCCUGCCCGACCUAACAUCUGGUGCGGAGAGUCAACCCGUUUGUCUAGUAAACGAUGUCGAUGACGAGAAGGGACCCGCUUAUUUCACGUAUAUUCCGACUCUUAGACACCCAAAACCGUUUUUAAUGCCGAAACAUUCUUUGAGCUGUCACUGCGUAGGUGGAUGCCAACCCGGUGACUCCAACUGCUGUUGUCUCCAGAAAAACGAAGGCUUUCUGCCCUAUAGUGCACUCGGGGUUCUUAUGACCUACAAAACUUUGAUACGUGAAUGUGGCCCGUCCUGUUCUUGCGCUCCUAAUUGCCGAAAUCGAAUGUCUCAAUCAGGUCUUAAGGUCCGUCUGGAGGUUUUCAAAACAAAGAACCGAGGUUGGGGACUUAGGUCGUGGGAUCCUAUUCGUGCGGGUGGCUUUAUCUGUGAGUAUGCGGGAGAAGUCAUCGAUGCAUCUAGGGCCGGUGAGUAUGGAAGUGAAAGCGGGGAUAAUUAUAUAUUCGAUGCCACCCGCAACUAUCCGCCGCUGGAAGUCGUGCGAGAUGGUCACGAGGAGUCUACUAAAAUCCCGUUUGCUCUCGUUAUAAGUGCGAAAAAUGGCGGGAAUGUAGCUCGUUUUAUGAACCAUAGUUGUUCACCGAAUGUCUUCUGGCAGCCAGUUGUACGUGAAAAUAAUAACGAGGCAUAUUACCACAUUGCCUUCUUCUCCAUCAAACAUAUUCCUCCGAUGCAGGAGUUAACUUUCGAUUAUGGAAUGGUUCCAUCAGAUAAAGGAGAUCGCAGGCGGAAGAAGUGUUUGUGUGGAUCGGCAAAUUGCAGAGGAUAUUUUUACUAGCAGUCAAUAUGGACAAUGGUCUCUUCUAAUAUUGCCCUUUGCGAAUAAUGAUGACGGGAACGAGAUCCAGCAGUGCCCUGUAUGCAUAAGCCUCGGACUGUAUUACCGAUUAGGUCUGAAGACAAACUUGUAAAGUUGUUUGUGAUGGUAGAUUGUAGGCUCGCUGGAGCUCUAGUUUUAUAUAGCUUGUAAGUGAAUUGGCAUGUCUUUUAGGGGUUUUAUCUUUUAGCAUGGACCUCCAUGAGGCCUUAAUUCUUGCUUGGAUUAAUGCACUCUUUUGUAAGACCAUGAUGUUUUCUUCCGGAUUAUUGCUAUUUAGUUUGUUUAGAACCGAGUUUUUCU